CGCAUUCAGAAUUUCUCAGUCAGUCUCCAGUCUACAGUCUUCAGUCGCAUUAUCGCCAGCACUCGGAUUAGGCACGCCUUUUGUAAUUAAAGUUUAUCAAAAUAGCUCAAUAUCCCAAUCCCAAUAAUAUGAUCAAGAUCACGGGCGUCCAUUGGACGUUAAUAGUGCUCAUCAUUGGCUCUGGAAUUGGAGUCUUGGAGGCCGCUGAGGAUCGAUUCCCUUUAUCCAUAAUCCACAUUAAUGAUUUCCAUGCCAAAUACGAGCCCACGGAUACGAGCGGAGGCAUUUGUGAUGAGAGUGAGGAAUGCAUUGGAGGUUAUGCCCGUACCGUCUACACUGUAAAGCGUCUUCUGGAGCAGCAAAAGGAUCUGAAUCCCAUUUAUAUCAAUGCUGGUGACAGUUUCCAGGGUACACUUUGGUACAACAUUGGCAGAUGGAAUGUCACACAGCAGUUUCUCAAUAUGCUGCCCGCCGAAGCUAUGACGCUGGGCAAUCAUGAGUUCGAUCACGGUGUCGAGGGUGUUGUGCCCUUUCUGAAGACCGUGGAGACGAGCAUGCUGGUCGCGAACAUGGACUGUGCCCACGAGCCCCUAAUGGAGGGACUCUACAAAAAAUCGGAGAUCAUUGAGCGUAGCGGACGCAAGAUCGGACUUAUUGGUGUCAUUUUGGAAACUACCUACGAUCUGGCCAACACUGGCAAACUAAUCUUUCGCAAUGAAAGCGACGCGAUUCGCGAGGAGGCGGCACUGUUGAAAAAUCAGGGAGCAAAUAUCAUAAUUGUGAUCUCACAUUGCGGCUAUGAAGUGGAUAAAACAAUUGCUCGCGUUGCUGGCGAUGUGGUCGAUGUCAUUGUGGGUUCCCAUUCGCAUACCUUCCUCUACACGGGUGAUAAGGCACCCGGACCGGAUAAGCCGAAGGGUGAUUAUCCCACUCAGGUGAUCCACAGCAGCGGACAUCGAGUGCUUAUUGUUCAGGCGGGUGCUUAUGCCAAAUAUGUGGGCAAUCUGACCGUCUACUUCAAUGCCCAAGGCGAUGUGGUUGACUUUGAGGGUGCUCCCCUCUACAUGAGUGCCGAUGUGCCAGAGGAUGAAGAAGUUGUGGCCGCAAUGCAGCCCUGGAAGGAGCACAUUGAUGAGACCGGCAAGGUUGUUAUUGGACGCACUGUAGUUGAUCUCACAAAAUCCGAUUGCAGUUAUCAGGAGUGCAAUUUGGGCAACUUUGUCUGCGAUGCAUUGGUGCACUCAUUCACGGGCUUAACACCUUUUGAUCAGACGGCCUGGACGAAUGUCUCUAUUGGAUUAGCUGGCACUGGAGGACUGCGAGUGCCCAUUCUCCGAGGCAAUAUUACCUAUGCCCACAUGGUCAGCAUGUCGCCAUUUACGAAUACACUCAUUGCAUUCAAUUUGCCGGGUGCAAAGAUCUUGGAGGCACUCGAAUAUUCGGUAAGCAAGAUUGAUCUGGAAAAUGGGGUGACAAGUUCGUAUAUUAUGCUGCAAGUGGCCGGCUUGAAGAUCACCUAUGAUUACACCAAACCCAUCAAUUCGAGAGUCGUCUCGGUUCUCGUCCGCUGUGCCGAUUGUCCAGUUCCACUUUACGAACCACUCAAUCCAACCAAAUUGUAUCGCAUUGUCACCUCCGACUUCCUGCACGGCGGUGGCGAUGGCUACACGAUGCUCACGGGCGGUACCGAUGUACAACCCAGCGUUACGGAUCUGGAUGCCCUCAUUUCAUAUGCCGAGAACACAAAUCCGAUUUACGUUGGUCGCGGCGAUCGCAUCACUGUGCUCAUCUGAUUCCCCAAGCUAUCAUUAUAUCAUAUCAUAUAUAUAUCACUGUAUUUUUUUUUUCUUAAAUAAAUGUACGAUUAAGCAAG